AGGUUCCUUUUUGUGUCAAGUGCAUCCUCGCAACCCUGCCCCUGUAGUCUUCCAUAUUCCAUUCUAGCCUCGAGUCUUCUAUAGUAUACUUCGGUUCCUUUGCUACAUCUUUUAAUUCUCUUUCUAACGUUGCCUGUUUUCAACAUCAUCAGCUCUUGAUUCUUGAAAUCGAACCCGGCAGUUCUUGUUCUACGAAUAUUAUCGAACUGUAACUGAUAAAUACGUACCAAGAUCAUGAACUGCUACUGCUCGGCAUCUUCAACGGAUUCAACAUACCAUCGUGUUACCGUUUGCCGUAAUAAAUAUUUUUAUCUGACUAAGAAUUAUCACGCUUAGGAUGGGCAUGGGGGAUGGGUCGGUAGGAUCGGGAAUAUUACUAGCAUGGCCUAGAAGUGUUUUUUGAACCCCUGGCAGCUUCGCGUCCAUGUCCUGCUACCUGCUGCGUUCCUAAUUUAUUUUUCUUAGAUGUUCGAAGAAUUUUGACUCUGUGCCAGAGGAAAGUACAAGUAGAAUAAAGAUAAACUAGUAUGUUGAAGUGUUAGACUUCGUUGAGUGGAUAAAAUAGUAGAAGCAAGUCGGUGCCACAUGACUCAUGUCAUAGCUUAUGAGAAAGACGUGAGAUAUAUUGUUUUUAUCGACGCAUUGUCCGACUGCUGGCUCGUGCUUCCUUGUCAGCACUCUGAGUCGCGAUCAUGUUGCAGACAUUGCAAAGCCCGAACGACCUGGAGUAUCGGAGUGAGACAUCCGAGGGCACGAUCUCUGAGUCUGACGCGACCUCGGUAACCAGUCGGAAAAGCACACUAUCGCGUAUUUCGACCUCUGAAAGCGACAAGCCGGACUAUGUGGGAUAUGCUAGGUAAUGAGAACUUUCGUCACUUCAUACCUAGAUCCGCUGCUGCAUGAGGCAAUUGCAACAAUCUUUUGGCUGAAAUCUGAUUUUCCAAUAGAGGACGUCCCCGUCGUCAAGAAAGCAAGAUGAACGGUUUCCUAAAAAUUGAUGAACUUGGUUUAGGUCCACGUGGUACUCUCGUCGUCGAUCUUCUUCAUCUUUUCUAAUAUCCUAUUCCUAGCAAGGAUAACAGUAAAAACACGAACACUAAAGAUCAAUCAUGAAACAAGGUUCGCCCCCAAUGCUCUCCCAACCGAAGUUCACAAUACCGAAGAGCAGCGCGAAGAUCCAUGGGAAAAGAUCACGAGUCGCGAUGGCAUCGACUACUACUACAAUUGGUACACGGGUAUGGUUCGUUAUGACCCACCGGGGUCCGCAGAGGCUAGUGGACGCUCGGGAGGGAGACUCAGAGAAGAAGAUGCGCUGGUAGCACGUGCCGAGAGAACGAAUCCACACUACAAAUCGCUACGCAGAGGGAAGGAAGCGGUGCAAAUAUUUUUUUUUCUAUACACUGUAAAUGUGUAUAAUAAUCUUGUUUGGAUGCAGUGCGACUAAAGAGUGAUAGGAUGAAUAAAAUAUAUAUCCUAGAAGGAGAGCUACAACAUGAUCUGGCUCUAGAAAUAUAUUUAUAGAGGAAAAAGUUUGGUUGUUUGAUGUUUCCAUUGGAAGUUCGAUGAGAAUUAUUCGCUUCCACAUUUUCAACAGGGAUCAUUUUCUACAGUGACCAACCUACUUCUUUUUCAUUUCGUCCUCCGUCACCAGGCAGAAACCUUGGACGAGCCUCCCGAGAGUAUCCUCACUGUGACGAAAUACAGAGGUCGUGCGCCAUGGAAGGCUUAUUUCGACAGGCAAACACGCACGUCAUUCUGGAAAGAUGCUAAAGGAAAGCGGCAACUCUCAAAUGACGUGCCACGCUGGUUUGGUCCGAUAACACUGCAUGUGUAAUGGGGAUCCGCAUCUUUUGCUCGUGUAAGACUAAGAUUGUGAUGACACAAUGGAUAUGGAUGCACCACCAGGGAUUGGCUUGCCGCUAAAGUUGUUUAGAUUCGCUGUAGUACUACUUGUAUAGAAAUGAAAAAUCCACUUCCACUCCUUAAUCUUAUUGUAGGACCAUUGACAUUAUAAGCCUGUAACAUAAAUGGGAUGAGAGUAGCUUCCGAUGUCAUAGAUGAUGAAUUCUCAAAGUAGAAGUUGAACAACGAACAUCAUGUAGUCGUUGUUUGAUGAUUGCGAACCAUUCUCAUCUAGCACGACGAGCACCACUUCAUCCUGUGCGGUCUCGAAAACGAGAUCGUAUUACCCACUUGGUAGAGCUAACAGUAGUAGUACAUCCUGCGCCCACAACCAACACCAACCCUGUCACAAGCAGCAAUAGGUCUCAGGAGGAAACUAACGAAAUUAACCAAAAAACAAGAAGGCUCAGAUUAUACCGAAACUGCGCGCACUUAUGCGACAUUAUUGCACAGGAGGACCGCACAGGCAAACUUUAGUUUUCGAUCACGA